CUUUUUUCACCAGCAAACAUAACGGUGUCAAGCGCCGAACCGCUCACAAGUGCCUUCUUUUCGAAGCCUAUUUUCUCCGGAAACUUUCUACCCGCUCGACGUACGGAGGGCUCUUCGCGAAGCGCGAAACUGGCUCAGCUCCCAACGAACUCACUCCCGACCGAAACGGCUUGCCCUAGAGUUCAAGUCCACGAUCGGUGUGACGGCGAUCGUACGUAGUGAGCGUGAUCGACUCAACGACAGUGGCCAACCGGUGGAUGUUCCAGUCGGUCAGUUGUGGAAUUUAUUGAACCUUUUCUGCAUCAAUCAGCAGUUUUCGGCGAAGAAGAAAAUAAACAAGGCGAACUGUGUUGGGGGCAGAAACGCAGUGUGUUCCCGUUGUUCCGGGAAUUGAAAUUAUUUUAUAGUUUUCUUGCUUUCCAACUCACAAAGAUCUUAUCAAAAGUCAAAUUGUAGUGUAUAUAAAAUUCCAGUUGAUCAAAUAUCUUGACUCGAAUUCCAGAGUGCUAGUUGGAGAGUGUUGCCACAUACGGUUUUGUUAUCAGCAUGUUGGUCGAGUGUAUUGGUGAAAGAUAAAAAUACAUGCUUGUAAUUAUCACCUCGAUUUUUCACUGUUUUUGUUCUGGCAGAAAAAAGGGGGUCUUCGGUCCACAAUCGAAUGGGUGCUGCAGUAGAGUGUGCUUUCCAGUAAAUGAUGAGGUGUUCGGUAUCGUUAUCUGGUUAAAUUUUUGAAGCGAGUGCUAGUGCAUUAAAAUUUACCGUUUUUCACCUGGGAAAAAAGAGCUGAAUAAAAAAGAAAACCCACGAAAAAAAAGUAAAGCUAACCUGGCGAGUGUGUGUUUGUGCGCGCGGAAAGCGGACCAUAAGUUUUCUUUUGGACUAAUUUGGAGUUUUGUUUGAUUCCUCUUCGGCCUCGUUCGGUGGUUCGAUCAUAUUCCGACCUCUCUCUCCUAGGCGCGCGAGCAGGCAAUCCAAACCAAAUGCCUUUGUUCAAUAAGAAGAGUGCAAAAAUCUCCAACCCAUCCCCUCCCAUGACGAAAGACCCACAUCAUCCGAGUCAUCAGCAGCUGCAUCAUCAACUGGGUCACCACAACAACUACGAGAACAACAACAGCUACAACGGCAAGAAUCCACCGACUACGAUGCCCACGGCACCCCACAUCGACGACCUGAAUGGUAGCCACGAGAGCAACGUUACCAAGCCCCAGCUCGUCUUCAACUGCCAGCUAGCCCACGGCAGUCCAACCGGAUUCAUCACCGGAUUUGCCAGUGUCAAGGAGCUGUACCAGAAGAUUGCCGAAUGUUACGACUUUUCGAUGGAUGAGAUUUUAUUCUGCACGCUAAACUCUCACAAGGUCGACAUGAGCAACCUGCUGGGUGGACAGAUCGGACUGAACGAUUUCAUCUUUGCACACAAGAAAGGCCGACCGAAGGAGGUGGAAAUAGUGAAAUCGGAAGACGCACUGGGCCUCACCAUCACCGACAAUGGUGCCGGAUAUGCGUUCAUCAAGCGGAUCAAAAGUGGCAGCGUGAUCGACCGGAUUCCUCACAUACAGGUCGGCGAUCAUAUUGAGAGACUGGACGGGGUAAACGUGGUCGGUAAGCGACACUAUGAGGUAGCGCGAAUGCUGAAGGACAUCCCGACGGGAUCAACCUUCACGAUUCGAUUGGUUGAGCCGAUGAAGAGCGGUUUUCAGGGUAUUGCACCGCGCAAGGGUGGUGCGAAGCAGUCGAAGCCCGGCUAUGGCAGCGGCAAGGAGACGCUUAGGUUUAAGGCCAACGGUAAUGCAGCCAUCGAAGACGAGCACGACGACUUCACACAGCGUGGAAUAGAUGCCAUCAACUCACUGCUAGAUUCGUUCAUGGGAAUCAACGACUCGGAACUAGCGACGCAAAUCUGGGACCUAGGUAACAACAAAAACAACUCGAUGGACUUUGCGGAAGCGAUCGACGCGUCCGAUUUGGAGGCUUUUGGAUUCACCGACGACUUUAUCAUCGAACUGUGGGGCGCCGUUACUGACGCCCGGCAGGGUCGUCACAAAAGAUAAGCUUCCGACCGCGUGGCAGUUAAAUCGAAAGAAAAAAUGCCUGUGUAUACUAAAAGUCGCAACGUAUCCUAUUUAUAGACGGUAUGCGAAAAAAAAAUCCAAAAGCAUGGAAUAGUGUUUUUAAAAUUUGAGCGAUUAUAACUUAUAAAAACAGACUGUUGACUAUCAUCAACAUUCCAAGAACAGCUUCGCUGGUGUUUCGCCUUGGGCAAUAGCAUUUACGUUUGUUAUGUUAAUAAAAAUAAUAAUAACAGCUUUGUUUCCGAUAUCGAGUUUACUAAACAGUUUUAUUCGAAUCAAAACUACAGCUGAAAAGCUGUGACAUCGAGUGCUACUGGAACAAGACCGGAAACAGAAAAUCAAACAAAAAUAAAUACAUUAAACGUGACGCAAGUGAUAUGAGUAAUUUUAACUAAUUUAACGUAUUCACAUUCGGAAGUGUACUUAAAAUGGAUGAUGGAGCAAUCCUUGAGUUGGAGAUUAAAGUCAUUCACGCAGAGAGAGGAUAGUAUGGAACUUUUUAGCUUAGAAGAAGUAAACUGUUAGGCUUUGUAUACCUAAGCGAUUAUUGAGGUUACAAAAUAAUCAAAACAAUAGAAUA